GCGCCACUGGAAGUGGUGGCGGUGGCGGCACAGAUAGCAGUGUACGCGCGCGCACUGCAUCUAUAUAGCGCAGUUAAAGCAUCAGCCAGAGACGAGGGUAGCGUAUGCAUGUGUGUGCUCAUACGCGACGAGCUAUUGCACGGAGCGUACAAACGACUGGACGUUGCAUACUUGUAUGUGCUCUCUCUCUCUCUCUCUUUCUCUCUGCCCAUGUACGUGCGGGUAUUGUAAGUCAUGCGCCCGCAGCGACCAAAGCUCGCGAUUCUCUCGCUGCUGUGCGCGUGUUGCAGGUACAGCGUGAAGAGGCACUAGCCAGUCCGUCCGUUUGCGUCGAUACCGAGUCCAACGGCAGUGGCAGUGGAGCAGUGGCAUCAGUGACAGUUGAGCGCACCACCAGCAGUGCCUAUAAAACUAGUGCGCCCGUAAAAAGCUCCCAAGCACUCGUGCUCAACGCCCUCGUGCUCGCGAUCCAGUGUUUGUUUUGUCUAUCAAAAAUGUAGCGACUCGACCAUUCCGGAGGUGAAAGCUGCGCCACAUCUUGCGAGCACUCUCGCAAGUACCCCCCGUUGACUCGCUUUCGAGUGCGACCCGAGGCGUACGGGCUUGCUGCCAGUUCCUCAUUAGCCUCGACGCGUGCCCGUAAGCUCUCGCUCCCGCAGCCAAUAAAGACGGACUGCGGCCCACUGCUGCUGCCGGAGACGUAAUCAUGGAGCUGGAAAUCGGUCGCCAAGUCAUCGAGGGCAUCAAGGCCAUCAUUCCCAUCAGCCUGCUCGAGUGCGCCCUCUGCGUGCCCCAGUACUGCUGCGGGGCCCUCUUUGGACUCGGCUUCUGCGCCUAUUACUUCUUCGAAGUUGUCAAAACACCGCUGCUGGUCUGCGCAGAGGGUCCAUUUUAUGAUUUUCUCGUUGAAAACGUGCCAAUACUGAAGAGCAAAUUCUGGCCGACUUUAUGGUGCUUCGAGUCGAGGGCUCAAACGAUAUUUGCGAGCGUCGUGCGUGCCAGUGUACUGCCACACAUGAAAUAUCGCCGAGAAUUACUCACUUUAUCGGACGGCGGCGAGGUAGCCCUCGACUGGGCAGAAGAAAACUCCUCCAACUCGUCGCCAAUCGUCAUUAUUCUGCCGGGCUUGACGGGAGCUAGCCAAGCGGAAUAUAUCAAGUGCCUAGUGUUUGCGGCUCGAAAUUCGGGCAUGAAGUGCGUAAUUUUCAACUACAGAGGCAUGGGAGGUGUAAAAAUUAAGACACCAAGAUUUUAUUGCGCCACGAGCUACGAAGAUUUGGCCGAGGUUAUCGAUCACGUGAAAAAACUACAUCCUCACAUCUCACUGGGAGCGACGGGAAUAUCGAUGGGAGGGUUACUGUUGGGCAAUUACCUGGCCAAGUACGGCCGCGACGCUUAUGGCAAAUUGAAGGCGGCCCUCAUCAUAUCCGUGCCAAUGAACAUUUUCGAGGCCACGAAGAGCAUCGAAAAGCCCUACAUUAAUUUAUUACUCAACAAGUACCUCUGUGAUAAUCUACAAAGAAUACUGAGGCGUCACGUGGGCGAGGAGAGCUUCCAAGAUUUAGAUUUAAAUAAAGUUUAUCAGAGCAAGACCGUCCGAGAAUUCGACGAGAGCUUCACCUCAAGGCACUUUGGCUACCGAGACGCGGCGGAUUACUACACGUGCGCGUCUCUGCACGACAAGCUGCACCUCGUCGAGAUACCCCUGCUGUGUCUUGGCGCAGCGGAUGAUCCGUUUCAGCCGUUGCAAGCUAUACCUCUGGAGGAGGCGAGCAAACUGAAAAACGUGGCGAUGGUCGUGACAUCGAGAGGCGGACACAUCGGCUUCCUCGAGGGCUUCUGGCCGCUCAAGGAGGAGCAGUACAUAGGCAAAGUGUUCGCCCAGUACUUCACCGCCGUUUUUACAGCCAAAAAAGGACAUCCAGCCUUUUAAAAUCGAGGGGCCGCAUGCGACAAAUAACUGAUUUCAAGCGAAUUUUCCUCAAUAAAAGACUCGAUUCCAUUCAUAAGAUUCGUAUAUUACCUCGUCGUCACGCAAUCUCUGCGGGCGCGAGGCAAUGAAUAAUUUUACUUUGAUACAUUAGGGCCAAGCAUUUAAUGCGCAAUUACAAGAUAAUGUUAUUAUAUUAUUGUGUACCAGCAAAGGCUUUGAAAUAUGGACAUUCGUCACUGGACAAUUUCUUUUAAUCAUACAUGAUCUAUUGUAAAUUAGAUAAAUCAAUUUAUAUAAACGAGGAAGAAAAUGUUUUAAUAAUAUAAUAAUAUCGAUCAAGUAAGCUGGCUUAACUUGUUCGACGGCAAAUUUACAAUAAAGUUACAAUAAAUAGCAUUUAAUUAAUUCA